UCUCUCCACCCUCCGCGCUCUCACUCUCUCUCAAAAUAUCUAUCGAUACGCAGCACACAAACCCACGGCCACACCCCUCCAUUCGCUCAGAGAAUCCCAUCAAAACAACAUCACAGUAAGUACCAUCAUCAUCGACCAAAUGAACCCAACCUUCUUUCUCUUCUCACUAUUUCAAUCCACUCACUUCGCUUAAUCUCUCCCUCUCUGUGUCUCCCUCUCACUCUCUGUCCCUAUCCUCCACUGUUUCUUUCUCUCAGCUUUGAUUUCUCUCCCUUGAUCAUCAACCCUGAAGUAGCUCCCACCAUGUCCCUCGAAGAUUCUCUAAGAUCUCUGUCGCUGGACUUCCUCAACCUUCUCAUCAACGGCCAAGCCUUCAGUGACGUCACCUUCAGCGUUGAGGGUCGUCUUGUCCACGCUCAUCGAUGCAUCCUCGCUGCUCGGAGCCUCUUCUUCAGGAAAUUCUUCUGUGCCCCGGACCCUCCGUCGGGACUGGACCUGGCCGGCUCCCGGGUCAACUCUUCCGCUUCCGGCCCAAGGCCCGGGAUCAUUCCGGUUAACUCGGUCGGGUACGAAGUGUUCUUGUUGCUUCUUCAGUUCCUGUACAGCGGACAAGUGUCUAUUGUGCCCCAGAAGCACGAGCCCCGGCCUAAUUGUGGCGAGCGAGGAUGCUGGCACACGCAUUGCACCUCCGCCGUUGAUCUUGCUCUCGACACUCUUGCCGCCGCCAGAUCUUUUGGUGUUGAACAGCUUGCAUUGCUCACCCAGAAACAGUUAACGAGUAUGGUAGAGAAGGCGUCCAUCGAAGAUGUAAUGAAAGUGCUGGUAGCAUCGAGAAAGCAAGACAUGCACCAGCUGUGGGCCACUUGCUCCCACCUUGUUGCCAAGUCAGGUCUCCCACCUGAAGUGCUCGCCAAACACCUUCCCAUAGACGUCGUUGCGAAGAUCGAAGAGAUUCGUCUCAAAUCCUCCUUCACUCGCCGCUCUCUAUUGCCCUAUCACCACCCAGACAUCCGCGUCGCCGACCUUGAGGACCAGAAAAUCCGGCGAAUGAAAAGAGCGCUGGACUCUUCCGAUGUGGAGCUUGUGAAGCUCAUGGUAAUGGGGGAGGGCCUGAAUCUAGACGAAGCAUUGGCCUUGCACUACGCCGUAGAGAAUUGCAGCCGAGAAGUGGUGAAAGCAUUGCUGGAGCUGGGUGCGGCCGAUGUCAACUAUCCGGCCGGGCCUGCGGGGAAAAGCCCGCUCCACAUUGCAUCGGAGAUGGUAUCGCCGGACAUGGUUGCAGUGCUCUUGGACCAUCACGCCGAUCCGAAUGUCCGCACCGUCGAUGGCGUGACCCCGCUUGACAUUCUCAGAACCCUAACUUCGGAUUUCCUGUUCAAAGGGGCCGUGCCUGGGCUAACCCACAUCGAACCCAACAAGCUGAGGCUAUGCUUGGAGCUGGUUCAAUCGGCGGCCCUCGUGAUUUCUCGUGAAGAAGGAAAUGCCAAUCCUCCCACAUCGGCGGCCAUAUAUCCCCCGCUGAGUGAAGAUCAUAGCAGCGGUAGCAGCAGCAACCUGAACCUGGAUUCGAGGCUGGUUUAUCUGAAUCUAGGUGCGGCGGCUUCGGGUCAAAUAGUUUCCAGAUUGGACGGAGAUGACGAUAGCCACAGGGAUCCCAUGAACCGUCAUGGCUCGCAUCGAGUUGGAUGUGACCCAACAAUGUACCACCACCAUCACUCGCAUGAUUUCUAGCUAUAACCUGAGAAUGAUAGUUCAAAAACAAUCUACUCAUAGAUACGAACUUAGAAUUUAGUUGCCAACCAUGGAUGUGAAUAGAAGAGAGAGAAGACACCAGUGGAUGGACGAUGAUAGAUGGGUCGUAGAAAUUUUCUUCGAUUGUCAGUUGAAGGAUUCACCGGGUCACUAGCCUUUCGGCUCGCUGGUCUAUGCGGGCCGUUUUUUAUUUGUUGGUGGGGUUUUUUUUUUUUUUGUAGGCAUUUGAAUGGUCAGAAUUCAGGGAUUGAUGUUUUUUUAAGUGGGAAACGAAAGAGGGUGCGACGGAGACGACGAGACGCAGGUCAAUCAUCGCCAAUCCUUCGCCUGUCAAGUCCUUACUUUGUAUUUACUGAUUACUGAUCCCUAGCUCAGCUAAUUUCACGGCCAAUUUAUUGUCUUCUUUUUA